GCCUGCUUACAGAUGUCGCCGCCCGCAGCCCAGACCGUGCUCCUGGCCGUGCUGGCCGCCGCGGUGCUCGUCGUGCUGGCCGCGCCCGCGCAGGGCUACCCGCUGCAGCUGCGCGCCGCGCGCCGCAGUGCGCGCUCCGUGCGGAGCCCCACCUACUACCCGGACAUGUACGUCCCUUUGCGGUCCCCGGCCACGUCCUACCUGUACCCGGACGACUACCCGGAAGAGGACGAGGACUACGGGCAGGAGCAGUGGUUCGACGUGGCGGCCUCGGACCCCGCGGCCAACGCCGCCUUCCUGCAGAACCUCAUGGAGGCCAACAAGUACGGCGAGCGGCUGGAGCGGCUCGGCUUCCCGGCCGGCGUACCGCCGUACCCGGCGCGCUACGUCGACCCGCGGUACCGGGACAGCGACGACUACGUCUUCGGCUCCGUCAACUCCGGCACGACGACCGGCGCGGGCGCGGCCCGCGGAGAGUAUGAGCGGCCGGCCGUGCCCGCCGCCUACGGCCGCUACCAGUACCACGUCGAUCAGCAGGACGAGGACGAGGACGAACGCCAGCUGCACGCCCUGGCCAAGAAGUCCCGCUCGGACGAGCAGCGGCUCCAGGACCUCGAGGGUCAGGCGCAGGCGGAGGCGCAAGCCCUGCUGGCCAUGGCGCUCGGCCGGCAGCGCGAGGAGCAGGCGCGGCGCGAGGCCAACCAGCGCGCCGAGGAGUUCACCGGGGACGCCAACGUGCUCGCCGACCUGGACCAGGGCUUGGAGCGGCUGUUCGCCAAGAGCGGCAUCACCAACGUGUACCGCGACCAGGACGAGCCGAAGCCGUGGAACGGGCGCGACCCCGUCUGGAACGUGAGUGGUCGGCGCGGGCUGCAGCAGCAGCAACCACAGCAGCAGCAGCAGUAUAGCAGCGUGUUCAGGAGUAACGCUCACAUCGCACCCGCCACCCGACAGGGCUACUACAUGGGCAACGCGGCGGAGGACACGAUGCCGCAACGGCCGACCCGCAGCCAGGGCGCCGCACAGCAGCCCCUGCAGGCCCCGGCCACGGUCGACGCCCCCGUCCCGGCCACCAGAGCGCCCUCCGCCGCCUCCAGCACGCGCCACGCCGCCGCGCCCACCGCGGUCCCGGCCACCACCUCGACCACGACCACCACGACCUCGGCGCCGACCCCCGCCCCGAUGAAGAGGAUGCUGUCCGCCGGCCAGAUGAGCGGCCAGCCCGAGGUGGCGCUGCUGCGGCCCGCAACGCCCCGCGCCGGGCCCCGCGCCGCCCAGCGCGUCCAACGCGCGCAUCAGGGCGGCGUCGACGAGAUCAGGAGCCUGCUCCGCGUCCAGGACACCAUGGGGGCGCGCGCGCACUCGGACCUGCUGUCGUUGCUGCCCAGCAUCAGCAAGCGGAGCGCCCCCGUCGUCUCUGACGAGGGCUCGCUGGUGGACGAGCUCAACGCCCUCAAAAAGAAGUCGGACUGAGCCAGCGGCACGGCCGCGGCGCGAGACAGUCCCCGGGCCUUUCACUUCCAAUCAGUGAGAAGAUAUGGCUUUCAAUAAUUUCCUUUGGCGCCCACCCAAAAAAGGUCUCCUUUCUCUCUUUUUCUCGGGCUGGUGGACGAGCAGAGUCAUGGGCCGUUUGACCGCCGAACAGGGUUCCGGCCAGCAAAAGAGUAUUGUCAAAUCUAGUAGAAUUUUAGGAGAGUGUCCUGCCUCUUAUCCGAUGAUGGUAGCGAGUAUUGGCGCCAACCGCACGUCACCGGUGGACUCCACGACACUAACGCUGGGCCGCUUUGUUUCGCCACGAGAAAGAAUGUCUUCCCCGUUUCUCGUGCGUCCGAACUAUUUUGGUGGUUUCGAAAUGAUUACUUAGAAGUACGUAGUUGACUGAUUACUGAUUGAACUCGGACAGGUAAUUAUCUCAUGCAAAGCAUACGGCAGCAAUAACAGUUAUAGACCGGCUUGUGAAUCACAAUACAGGGAGACAGAGAAAAGCUUUUGGUUGCGUGUAAAUAACUAUACGCUUUACUGUCCCUAUUCUUCCCUUCUUCCUAUAAGUUUGAAGAACAUGACUGAUUAGAUGUGAUGAUCAUGGGAGAGGCCUUGUCUUCACAACCUGUUUUUCUAUUGUUCCUUACUUUCAGUCCAUUUUCAUGCGAGCACGUAAGCGGGUCUGUUUUAAUAACAAGUCACUUAUACCGGGUGCGAAGCGAAUUCCCUCGAUGAAUUUCACUUUUAUUUUAUGCCCAGUCCGCUUUCAAUGGCUUCUGAGGACUUCAUUUUUUUCUCGUUUCUUCAUACAUAUCCUUUCGUGCGUGUUCGUCGGCUGGCGUUGUUGGCAAUUCUAUAGCCCAUCCGAGUUUCUGACGCCAACUCGAACCACGACUAUUAGGAAGUACACAUAUUUAUGCAGAAAUUACUUGUUGUUCUUUAUAUAUUACGACACUAUUCAAGUACGAUAAAAAAAACGUUAGUAGUGUUAGCAUCGUGCUAUACAUAGAUCGUUAUCGUCAGCUCGAGCCAUAGUUGUGACGAAUGCUAAAAUACAUGCUUUCGAAGAACAGCAUAUCAUACGUACAAAUAAAAGUGUGUGUGGGGGGGGGGAGUUGUGGGGUGAGUGAGUGAGUGGGUGAGUGAGUGAGUGAGUGAGUGAGUGAGUGAGUGAGUGAGUGAGUGAGUGAGUGAGUGAGUGAGUGAGUGAGUGAGUGAGUAUACGCUUUCUCCACGAACGUAUACUCCUGGUUGGUACGUACGGUUCUGCUUGCGCACUGAAAAAUAAUACUGUUGUGCUAUGCUAAGGACAGCUGGAACACCCUCAACAGAAAUCUGUCCUUCGAUUGGUCACAAGAACAUUCUGUUGCGACCCGUGUGACACCGCCUUAGCAUGGUAGCUGGCUCAAGAAGAUUUUUUUGUGGGAUAAAGGGCCGUGUCACACAGUUAUCAACAAAAUGUUCGCAAACAAGCACCAUUUCUUUUCAGUGCGCUGGAGAUGCACCAAUUUGGAGUUUUGAUUGUGUGACUAUUUAGCGCACUUCCAUUUGCGUGACUUUCUUCACACACUUUUAUUUGUAGCGAAAACAGGGCACUCCGUUUUUAUCAAGAAUUCUGUUAAAAUUUUCGCAUUUUGUGGUUCCAGUUUAGUUCAAAAUUCUUGUAUUCUUUCAAAAUUUUGAAAAGAAAAAAAGACUGCUCUUUUCCUUUCGUUUUCCAACUGUAUCUAGAGAUACAAGGCCUGGCAGAUGGGUAUGUUUAUCCGUUGCUAAAUAGGAGAGCGUUACCUGAUAUUCAGUAGAGUUGACCAGUUAUGCUUGCCAAAGCCCCCUGCGGGGGUAUAUCUUGACAAUGACUGUGACGAGAGUUGGUAGUUUGUCCAUGCAGUGAGCGUAAUAUUAUCAUAAUUACCUCUCGGAUACUACGUAUUAUGUUAAAUAUUUCUUUCUGUUAGUAUUAUUUGUAAUAUAAUAACUUAAGUCUUAUCAGUAUUCCUGUUGACACGUCGGAAUGAAACGACUGGAGAUGAAACUGUUGCCUGAAUUAGUUGUUCUUCUCCUUUAGAAAGUUUAAAGGUGUUGAUGUCAAUUGUACCUAAUUCUCCACCAGGAAAGUUAGAUGAUGUCAAUUGUAUACUUUCAAAAGUGAUUAUGGAGUAAAUAUGUGAAUGAUAACUUAGACCCUGAAGGGGAAGAAAAUUGACUUGUAAAAUUAAAAAUUACCAUAAGCCUCUAAUCCUUACCGACAACGAAGCUUAAAUGUGUUCGUAGCUGAAUAUUAAUGUUUCUCCCCGUUUCAAUUUGAUGAGGAAAAUGUUGUGCCAUAUUAAUAAUGCAUCUUCUCUAAUUGAUAAUUCUUCACUUCAGAUUACAGCUGCGCAUUAUGAAAAUUUUUAAUAUUUAUUGUUCCCCUCGUAUGCACGAUAAACUGCAUCGUGGUAACUAUCCAUAUCAGCCUAUAUUGACUUGACGCUUUGUCUUAGUGGCCUGUUGCUCACCCAGCCGUGCCUCCUGAAAAUGCAUUCAAUACUUGGCCUACAUUCUGGAACUAAUUAUUUCAUAAGUAAAACAUAAGUAACAAGAAGCCCUAAAUUAAGCGCAAGAACGCGUACACGCAUGCGGCGCUAACGAAUUCAUUCAUUUGUAUGUACAUUUUAAGUAAAACUCGAAGUUAGUCUGAUAUUAAUCAUGCAUAUCAUGUACAAUUUUAUGCAAAAAAAUGUACGUUUAAAUGAGUGUUUUAUCUCAAAGUUGCUACCGCGCUUAACUUAGGGCAUCAGUGAACACAAUUACAGUGUCCAUCCAAUAUGUGAAUCUCUCUUCGCCGAUUUUCACAAGACAAGCUUUACCUCUUUUGUUAGUGCAUAUAUAAAUAUGAACUUAAUGACAGCUUUGAAACGUGUUCAGUGCAUUUUUAUUACGUUUUUAAACGGCUGCGAUACGGGAAUGGCGGAGACUGACUACCCUGCGAAGGAAGGUCGAUGUAGUUGGUGCACUGUCGCCUAUGUGAUGAGGUGACUUUAUUCUUAACGUAGUUGUUAUGGGUGACGUUGGUCGCGGACUGCUGAUAGAAUAGAAGACAUGGGUUGUUGGUUGUGUUAUGUGGGUCGAAUUUGUGAUGUCAUGAAACAAUAAAGACAGUCAAGCUUGUGCGGAGCGGCUUGUCACUUAUAUUUUCUCUGCGAGCUCUUUUUUCGUUGAAAUUUGUGCAAAAGUUUUCGAAAAUGUGUACAUAAAACUUCUCAUUCCUCCGCUUAUAUGUUUUAUACCUACAAUGUAUAUACGUAUAUUUUCAUAUAUCUACAGCAUCUAGGUUAGAGCACAACUUGUAAAUACAUAUUCUUGUCUUUUCUCCUUCUGUGUGAUAUAUAAUCUAAUCAAUAGUAAUAAAUAACAAUAAAGUGUAUGCAAAAUAGUGA